GUUUUACUUUGUGAAAAGUUGGUAGUAUAUUCGGUAUAUACAUCUCCGAUCUCCGCGGUUGAAAACGUUAGAAAAGAAGCGAAUUUAGUGGUGUGGUGAUUGUUAACGUAAAUUGUUCGAGAAAUAUUGAAACUUUCAUUGAAUUGUUGGUGCUGAAUUGUGAUAAAAACAUAUUCGUGUUUGUGGAACAUUGUUAUUGGAUUAUUAACCAACAAGGAACAAAAUCAUAAGAGUUGGUCCCGUGCAUUAUGAACCAAAACCAGGUCCUCCAUAUCAGACAAGGACCAACAUGAGUCAAAGAGAUGAAGUUCAGAAGUUUGAACAGGGCCGAAUCAGAGUCCUGCAAGAAGAACGGCUCCACAUCCAGAAAAAGACUUUUACAAAAUGGAUGAACUCAUUUUUACAAAAGGCCCGCAUGGAAGUAGAAGACCUCUUCGUAGACCUGGCGGACGGAAAGAAACUAUUGAAACUUUUGGAAGUGAUAUCUGGUGAAAAAUUAGCGAAACCGAAUAAUGGACGAAUGCGGGUACACAAAAUCGAAAACGUCAAUAAGAGCUUGGCGUUUCUACACACUAAAGUCAGGUUAGAAAGUAUAGGAGCAGAAGACAUCGUAGAUGGAAAUCCGAGACUUAUUCUUGGUCUUAUAUGGACCAUCAUUCUGAGGUUUCAGAUACAAGAAAUUGAAGUACCAGAGGAUGAAGAUAAUGAGAGCUCCGAAAAGAAAUCAGCCAAAGACGCCCUCCUCUUGUGGGCUCAAAGAAAAACCCACGGAUACCCCGACGUUCACAUUACCGACUUUUCCUCUUCCUGGAGAAGCGGAUUGGGUUUCAACGCUUUGAUCCACGCUCAUAGACCCGACCUCUUCGACUUCAAUGGUUUGAGAAACAACAAAAACAUCGACAAUCUCAACCAUGCUUUCGAUGUUGCUAAUAACGAACUGGGCAUCCCUAGUUUAUUGGACGCCGAAGAUAUCGACACCUCGAGGCCCGACGAGAAAAGUAUUAUGACGUAUGUCGCUUCUUAUUAUCACACGUUUGCUCGAAUGAAGAAUGAGGAGAAAUCCGGUAGACGUAUCGCUAAGAUCAUCAGUCAGAUGGUGGAUUCGGACAAAAUGAAGGGCACCUAUGACAGAUUAACAACAGAUCUACUCGACUGGAUAAGAAUCAAAAUCGUGGAGCUGGAAGACAGGAAUUUCCCAAACUCUCUAGAAGGUAUCCAAAGCCUUCUUCUUUCAUUCGGCUACUACCGCACUCAAGAAAAGCCGCCCAAGUACAAAGAAAGAAGCGAAAUCGAAGCCUUGUUUUUCAACAUAAACACCCAACUGAAGGAGCUGAGGCAACCGGCGUUCAACCCAGCUGACGGCAAACUAGUCCAGGAUAUCGAGAGGUCCUGGAACACCUUGGAGAAAGCCGAACACCGAAGAGAAGUGGCCUUGCGAGAGGAACUGUUGAGGCAGCAACGACUAGAGCAGUUGAUGUAUAAAUUCGAACGUAAAAGUAUCUUGCGAGAAGGGUAUCUGAAGGAAAUGAUCCAAGUUUUGUCAGAUCCUCGUUACGGAUCGAACUUGACUCAAGUCGAUGCGACUGUCAAAAAGCACGAAGCCAUAAGCGCAGACAUCUUGGCCAGAGAGGAACGUAUCCACGACUUGACUCAAAUGGCGAAAGAGUUGAUUAGGGAAAACUAUCGCAAUUCGGAGAGAGUGACCACGAGAGAAGCAGAAAUCACUCAGCAGUGGGAGGAACUGAAGAAGUUAUUGGAGAAACACAAGCUCAACCUGAACAGAAUGGGCAAUGUCAUGUCGAUACUCAGGGAAAUAGAUACGACUUUGAACAGCAUCGAGCAAUUGAACAUCGACAUGUCAUCUUCUGAUACGGGAAUUCACUUGAUGGCUGUGGAGGAGUUACUGCAUAAGCACGCUCUGCAAGAACUGCAGGUCACUGCCUUGGGAGACACGGAGAGGAGGUUGAAGAGGGUAGGGGAGCAACUAGCUGCCCAAAAUCCAAAGGAAAAAGAUAUACUGAUCAAGAAACUUGACGAACUCACAGCAGCUUAUGAUCAAUUGAAGGAUUCGACGAUGAAAAGAAAGGCAGCUCUCGAAGAAGCCAGAAACUUCUACCAGUUUCUCCAGGACCAAGAAGACGAGGAAGCCUGGUUGAUUGAAAAACAAAGGAUAUGUCAAGCCGGCAUAACGGCCAAGGACCUGAGAGGCGUUUUGUCGCUACAGCAAAAGCACAAGGGUCUCAUGGACGAAAUCAAGACGAGAAAGAACAUGUUCGAUCAACUGGGAGCCACCAGCAAGCAACUGAUUUCGGAAAAACAUCCUAGAUCUGCCGAAAUCCAACAGCACAUCGACAGGAACAAGAACAACUGGGACAUAUUGGAAAAACUGGCGACGGAGAGAGCAAAGCAACUUCAAGAUGCGGCGGAAGCUUAUCAGUUCUACGCGGACGCUAACGAGGCUGAUUCCUGGCUGAACGAAAAGACUUCGCUUGUAGCUUCCAACGACUAUGGAACUGACGAACCCAGCGCACAAGCUUUGCUGCAGAGACACAAAGAUUUGGAGGGUGAAAUAAACGCUUAUCAAGGCGAUAUUCACAGUUUGAACACACAAGCCGAGAGACUCAUAGCUUCUGGAAUAUCGCAUUUGGAUUUGAACACGGAACCAGAAGUGGCGGAAGCUGUAGAGGAUGUUCAAUAUGAGUAUAGGAUGUUACCAACUGAAGUAUGGGUGGAAGAACCAGUUGAAAAGACCGAAUACAAAAUCGUCCAAGAGGAGAGGAAGGUUCCCCAGGUGAAAGCUCUGUACCCCUUCAACGACCACGGCUUGAACAUGGUGAAAGGCGAGGUCAUGUUCUUGUUGAACAAGAGCAACCCGGACUGGUGGUGCGUUCGUAAAGCAGACGGUACUGACGGAUUCGCCCCCGCCAACUAUGUCGUUGAAAUAGAACCGAGAAUCAUACUCAUGAACCUGAGAAAACCAGAAGUCAUCAAAACCGUUCAGAAAGUCAAAAAAACCAAGAUGGUCAGGACGAAGGUCCCCAUUAAAGUUCUCAGGCAACCAUCUAGACCAGUCAAGAGGAAAAUCGAUGACAGUGACAGCGUACCAAAGAGACAGAAGAAAAUCAAUGAUACUUACGACCAGCUCCAAGAUCUUGCAGCGAAAAGGCGUGCCUUGCUAGAAGAUGCCGUGAAGUUGUUUACGUUUUACAAGGAAUGCGAUGACUUUGAGAAAUGGAUCAAGGACAAGGAGAAGAUUCUUUCUGUCGAUGAUCCGAAUGACAGCGUAGAACAGGCGAAGAGGAAAUAUGAGAAAUUCGUCACUGACCUAUCAGCUAGUAACAAAAGGAUGGAAGGACUUGACGCCGACGUGAAAGAAUUCGAAAAACAAAAGAACUCCCAGAUCGACAAAGUGAAAGCUCGCCACAGACAAGUACAGGCCGCUUGGCAGAAACUGAACCGACUGAAAGCGCAGAAAGAAAAGAGCUUGGAAGGAGCUAGCAGCGUCGAACUGUUCUACAAAGCGUGCGACGAGGCCAAAGACUGGAUGCUCGAAAAAACGAUGCAGCUCGACUCCGCAGUUCUGGGACACGACCUCAAAACCGUCGAAGCGUUGAAAAGGAAGCACGAAAAUCUCGAGAGAGAACUUCUGCCGGUCGAAGAGAAGGUCCACAAAGUCAACUUGUUGGGAGACGCGGUACAAAAAACUUAUCCCAACGAACGAAUGAACGUCAUCCACAAACAAAAAGAAAUCGACGAUAUUUGGCAGAAAGUAAAAGAGAAAUCGUUGGAUAGGAGGGCGAGGUUGGAGAACGCCGUAGGCCAGCAAAUUUUCACGAACAGCGCCAAACAUUUGCUGGGGUGGGUGGCUGAUGUUAAGAAACAGUUGAACGCCGACAAUGUGGUCAGAGACGUGCAGACAGCCGAGGCACUGCUCAAGAAUCAAGAGGAUCUCCUCCGAGAUAUCGAAGCUAAGGAAGAUGAAUUCAGACAGGUUGUAGAUUUGGGAAGCAAACUCCUCAGGACUAACCCUGAGUUGGUGGAUGUGAAAGACACAGUUGAAAGGUUACUGGCAGAACAGGCGGCCAUAGCUAGAGGUUCGAAGGAGAAAGAGCUGUGGCUUCAGCAGUGCUUGGAGUUGCAGCUGUUCAACAAAGAAGCGGAUAAUAUUGAUGCUGUAACUUCGGCACAUCUGGCGUUUCUGGAGUUUUCUGACCUUGGGAACUCUCUUGACGAGGUUGAGGCUUUGCAUAAGCAGCACAGAGCUUUCGCUAAUACUUUAUCUGCUCAGGAAGAUCGUUUGAAUGCUUUCAGCAAAAAGGCAGACGAGUUGAUUGCCAAACAGCAUUACGACAGCCAAGGGAUCGACGACAGGCGCAAUCACGUUUUACAAAGGCGACAAGCCGUCAGGGACGCCUGUCAACAAAGAGCUAACGCCCUCGACGCGUCCAAGAACUACCAAGAAUUUCGCGCAGAAGUUCACGAUCUGCGCGUUUGGAUGGCCGAGAAACUGAAAACAGCUUCCGACGAAAGUUACCGGGACCUUUCCAAUCUCGAGAGGAAACUACAGAAGCACGAAGCUUUCGAAAGGGAGCUCAGGGCAAACGAAGGACAACUCAGGACUAUCAACAAGCUCGGGAUGGCCCUCAUCGCGCAGGAGAGCUACAACAAAGAUGAUGUAGCUAAAACGUUGCAAGAAUUGAAUAACGAAUGGCAGCAUCUGGUUGGUAUUUCGUUGGAAAAGGGGAGAAGGCUACGUCAGGCCGUUGCCCAACACGGCUAUAAUAAUUCCAUUGAAGAUGUCAAGACUAAGCUGAAUGAAAUUGAUGAGAAUUUGAAGAGCAAGAAUGUCGGUACCGACUUGAGAUCCUGUCGGGAUUUGAUAAAACAACACGACUCCCUCGAGAACGACUUGGCAUUCAGUGCCAAUCGUGUUGACGAUCUUGUCAGUCAGAGCCAGAACUUGAGCGACGAAGGCCACUUCGAUUCUGACCGCAUAAAAGAAAACGCUUUGGCUAGCCAAAAAGUAUUGAAAGAUCUGUAUAAACCAGCUCAGGAAAGAAGGGCAGCUUUAGAGGAAGCGUUGAAGUUUUUCAAAUUCAACUUUGAAUUGGAUGCUGAAAUGCAGUGGAUAAAGGAGCAUCUAGCAUUAGCUUCUUCAGAAGAACUAGGUCAAAAUCUCCACCAAGCCCAAAACCUUCACAAGAAACACAAGAAGUUAGAAGCUGAAAUUUCCGGCCAUCGACCAGUCAUCGAUAAAACUUUGGAGACUGGGCAAGAUCUGAUCAACAUCAAUCAUCCUGAAGGAGCAAAGAUUUCGGACCUGUGCAGUACUCUACAGAAUGCUUGGGAAGAACUCGAAGACAAGGCUAACCAACGAGCUCAGAAACUGGACCUGUCUCUGAAAGCUCAACAGUAUUUCUUCGAUGUGAACGAAAUCGAGUCUUGGUUGAACGAAAAAGCUGCAAUUCUGUCCAGUUCUGAUUAUGGCAGAGACAGAGACUCUGCCACAAAACUGUUGACUAAACACAAGGCUUUAGAACUGGAACUAGAUACCUACAACAAUAUAGCUUCGGAAAUGGGGCAUAUCGCGCAAGCAAUGAUCAAAUCCGGGCAUCCUGACUCCAAAGCUAUCGGCGAACGACAGUCCAGCUUGGAACAUCUGGUGAGGUCGCUCCAAAGAAAGGCAGCCCUCAGACAGCAUAGACUGAUGGAGUCUCUAUUCCGACAUGAAUAUUUUGCUGAAUCCGAAGAACUUGAAACUUGGAUAGCCGAAAACCUCCAGCAGGCUUCUUCAGAAGAUUAUGGGCAGGACUACGAACAUUUAAUACAAUUGAAAGCCAAGUUCGACGAUUUGAAGCACAGAAUCGAAACGGGGUCCGAGAGAUACAGGCAGUUGGACGAUUUGGCACAGAAAUUGAUAGCGAACAACAGUUCUUAUACUUCUGAUAUCCAGAAAAAACAGCUGAAACUGGAAUCUGAACUUUCUUCUGAGGCUUCCCUAGAAGUGCAAGAGAAGCACAAAAUAGUAAGGCAAGCGUGGGAGAAUCUACACAACCAGAUGAACAUGAGAGAGCAACGUCUUGACGCAGCCGGAGAGAUCCACAGAUUCCACAGAGACAUCGAGGACGCUUUGCAGAGAAUUCAAGAAAAGAAAGCCGCCCUGGGUACCGACUUGGGGCGCGACCUGAAUUCCGCCAUGGCGCUAUCUCGAAAACACGAGGUCUUCGAGAACGAGCUCGUCUUUUUGGAGGCUCACUUACAAGUGCUCGUAGAGGAGGCUUCCAGAUUGCAGAAAGUUUACCCGAGUAACAGGACAGUCAUACAGAACAAGCAACAGCUAGUUGUCGAAGCUUGGAACGGCCUGAAGGAAAUAGCGGACUUGAGGCGAGAUCAACUGCAGGCCAGCGUCGACUUGCAGAAGUUCCUGACGCAAGUGAGGGAUUUGAUGAAUUGGGCCACCAGUUUGAGGUUGAGGAUGAGCGCAGAAGAGACCGUUAGAAGUGCCGCUAGAGCGCAGAUUUUGAGGAACGAGCACGAGGCUCUCAAGGGGGAGAUCGAAGCUAGAGAGGCGAGUUUUCAGGAUGUGGCUGAGAAUUUGGCUGCAAUGGAACAAACUGGCCAUUACUCAGCUCCUGAAGCAGUUGAGAGAUACAAAAACCUCAUGCAAGAAAGAGACAAACUGCACAACACUUGGCAACUGAAAAAAAUCCACUUGGACCAGUUGUGCGACUUGCACAUAUUCUUGAGGGAAGCCAAGCUCAUAGAAGAUGCCACCAACGCUCAAGAAGCUACUUUAGCCAACGUGGAUAUCGGAGAAACUGUUGAUGAAGUCACAAACCAAUUCAAGAAGCACGAAGCCUUCGAAAAAGUAAUGAAUCUCCAAGACAAAAACCUAGAAGCACUACAGUUAUCUGGGACUAAAUUAUUGAACCAAAACCACUUCGACAGCGAUCAAAUAUCUAAGAGAUUAGCGGAGAUACACGCUAAACGCAAACGAGUUCAUCAGCUGUGCGCCCAAAAACGACAACUUCUUACCAACGGGUUGCUCUACGCGGAAUUCAAUAGAGACGUGAGCGAGGCCCAAAUGUGGAUCGACGAAAAACAAAAGAAACUCAAUGCGGCCGCCAAGACAGGCGAGUUGACCAAGCUGGAAGACAAGAUAAAGAUGCUCCAGAAGCACCAAGCGUUCCAGGCAGAAGUCACAGCUAAUGCUGGCAGGAUAGAGGAAAUCAAAACCAACGGAGAAACUCUCAUCAGAAAGAACCAUAAAGCGUCUCAAGACAUAGCCGACCAGCUAUUUGAGUUAGAUAAGGCAUGGAAUCGACUGAUUGGUGAAAUGAAUCUGAGAAGCAAGGGUCUCGAAGAAGCUCAGGGCAUUCUCGAAUUCAACAACCAGUUAGAUAAAAUAGAGACCUGGAUCAGGGAUAAGGAGGUUAUGAUACAAGCUGGCGACACUGGGAAGGACUACGAGCACUGUCAGAUCUUGCAGCGAAAAUUGGACGACGUCGAUAGCGACAUGAAGAUAGACGACAACAAAAUCAAGGCUAUAAGUGUUUUGGCCGACAAACUAGCGAGGCAGGGACAUACUGGCGUUCAAGAACGGGGUGAAAACUUCAAGAAGAAGUGGUACUCUUUGCAGGGGGCUUUGAAUAAAUACCGAAGUGAGUUGGCGGCUGCCGCAGAACUUCAUCUGUUCAAUCGCGACAUUGCUGAUACACUGGAUCGAAUACAGGAAAAAUGUACCGCGAUGGAGUCUGAGGAUGUUGGCAAAGACCUGGCAGCCGUCGAAGCCCUCCAAAGGAAGCACGAAGCAACCGAGAUGGAAAUAUCGGCGAUAGAGAACAAGAUCGUUCAAGUACAUCAAAAAGACGCGCUGAUGCUUAGCGAAAAACACCCUCAUAACAUCAAACAACUGGAAGCUGCACUGGGAUGUUUGGAGGAACAAUCGAAUAGGCUAUCAGCAGCCAAGGAUAAGAGAAAACAGUUGUUGAAAACCGCUUAUAUUCAGGAGAGGUUUUUGGCGGAUGUCAAGGAGUUGGAGCAGUGGGUCCACGAUACCAUCAAACGCAUGGAUUCUCAGGAUAAACCAAACACCAUUGCAGAGGCUGAGGCUCAGCUCGAACUGCAAAACGAACUGAGGGCCGAAAUCAACGGACGAGACGAGUCUUUCAAUACUCUGAUACAGUACGGAAAGAACUGCCCUUUGAAAAACAAUCCUAAAAUCAUUGAGAACGUUAAAAAACUCGAGGAUCUGCAAGAGCUCAUCCACAAUGCUUGCGAGGAGCACAAAGACAGACUGUCUCAUGAAUAUGACAUCCAGGACUUUAAGGAGCAAGUAAAUCACCUGAACAGCUGGCUGGCAACCAAGGAAGCUUUCUUGAACAACGAUGACGUCGGAGACACCCCCAGAGCGGUCGAAGCUCUGCUCCGUAAGCAUCACAACUUCGAGGUUAUGCUCGACAAGCAACUGGAGAAAGUGGACGAGUUGGAGAAAGUCGCCAGCAGAAUCAUGGCUGAUCCUAACAAAAAUAGUGAAGAGGUCUCCAACAAACUAGCAGCUGUGUUCAAGAGAAAGGACAAACUUCUCAUGAAAUCCGAGGAGCGGAAAGAUACUCUAGAGAAAUCCAAAGCCCUGCAGGAGUUUUUGAGAAACGUGAACGAUGUGGAGAACUGGCUGAAUCUGAAACUGCAAAUUGCGGCAGAUGAGUGUUACAGGGAGCCGAGUAAUCUACAGAACAAAAUACAGAAGCACGCAACUUUCGAGGCUGAGGUUAUAGCCAGCGGCGAGAGGAUUCAGAACGUCGUUGAAGAAGGAAAGGAGCUCAUAGCCGCGGAUCAUUAUGCUGCUACGGAGAUCGGCAUCAGGCUCGACGAGUUAGAGAAUGACUGGAAGCAUCUUUUGGAACUGUCCACACUCAAACGUGACAGGCUCAGUGAAGCAUACCAAGCGCUUCUGUUCAACCGCUCCCUGGAAGAGUUUGAAGCGUGGCUGAAUGAAGUAGAAGCACAAGUAAAUAACACGGAUACCAUAAAAGAUCUAGCAACUGCAAACAACUUACUCAAGCGUCAUGCCAUCUUGGAAAAGGACGUUCAGCAACACACCGAGAAUUGCGAAAACAUCAACGAAGCUACAGAACAGUUCAUCAAAGGGGGUCAUUUCAUGGCGAACGAAAUCGAAGAGAAGGCGCAAAAGGCGAUCACUAGGUUCCAUCAGCUCAAAGGCCCCUUGCAAACUAGGAGAGACCUGCUUGAGUCUUCCCUGAUGCUGCAUCAGUUUUCCAGAGAUAUCGACGACGAGGUUCAGUGGCUCUUAGACAGAGAACCGCUUGCUGCGUCUCGCGACCUCGGUAACAAUUUGACGGCCGUACAGAGUUUGCAGAAGAAGCAUCAAGCUUUGGAAGCCGAACUUGCGUCGAGGGAGCCUAUAGUUGAGGCUCUGUUUGUUCGGGCAGAUCAAUUGAUGAGAUCGGGACGAGCGUCUGGACCUGUUAUAAGCGAUCAGGCUACUCAGCUUAACCAAAUGUUUAUGCAAGUGAAGGAUUUGGCCAGUAUUAGGAGGUUAAGACUUCAGGAUUCUCUGGAAGUACAAAUGUUCUAUCAAGAAGUGUCAGAAGCAGAGGCAUGGAUCAGCGAAAAACGCCCUUUCCUUGCGAGCAAAGAAGUAGGGAAAGAUGAAGAUACAGCGCAAUCUUUGCAGCGCAAAUUAGAAGCCUUAUCUAUGGAAGUCAAAACAUUUCAACCGACUAUCCAGAAGCUUUCCAAAAUGGCCGACAGCCUUAUAGAAAGGGAUCAUUUCGACUCUGAAAACAUAGCAGCAGCUAAGGACGAUCUGGAAAAAGAAUUUGUAGGUCUCCGCAAACUCGUAUCUGAAAGAGAAGUUCGUCUCUCGGAAGCUUUACAGUAUUUCGGAUUCCUCCACGAAUGCCUAGAAGUACAAGACUGGAUGAGAGAACAGAUGAACAAGACAGAUUCCGAAGAAUAUGGUGAUGACUUGGAACACGUAGAACUUCUCAUCCAAGCUUUCGACACAUUCCAUGCCAGUUUAUUGAACAGUGAACCCAGAGUACAGCAGUGUAUCGAUAACGGAAACAUCAUCAUAGGUGCAAAGAGCAGCUACAGUUCGGUAGUUCAAGAGAAAGUCAACGAUCUGCAAACCACCUGGGAGGAUCUGAUUGAAUUGGCGUCUGCGCGGAAAGAAGCUCUGGCUGGAGCUAAACAGGUCCACGUGUUCGAUAAAACUGCAGAAGAGGUUAUUUCUUGGAUACAGGAGAAGGAAGCUGAUGUAACGUACGAAGCCUAUAUUGAAGACUCGGAAGUUAUUGAACAGUUGAUGAGGAAACAUCAAGCUCUGGAGACCGAGAUAAAGGCUAUCAAAGAUAAGGUCGAUUUUAUCGAACAGGAAGGUGAUAGGCUCAUUGCUGAAUUUCCGGAUACUAAGGAUCACAUUGAUGAUAAGCGAGAAAUCACCGUAAGCGCCUUAGAAGAUCUACAGACGAAAACUGAACGACAGAAGGAUUUCUUGCAACAGUCCGAGCAAUUGCAGUCAUACUUCGAUGGGUAUCACGAUUUAGUAGCUUGGAUAAAUGAGAUGUUGGCCAAAAUAACCGCACCGGACUUGCCACAAGAUUGCACAGAAGCCGAACUGCUGAUGGAAAGACACAAGGACUACAAGACAGAAAUGGACGGGCGCCUGCCUAUUCUUGAGCAGUUCUACGAAAGCGGCCACGUCUUCAUCAAACAAGGCCAUUACCUGUCUCAGGAGAUCGAGGAUAAGAUAAAAGUACUUCAGCAGAGGAUGGAGCUCCUCGACAACACUUGGAGCAAACGUAACAUCAUCUACCAACAAAAUUUGGACGUUCUCCUCUUCAAACGGGAAGCCGACACCUUAGAAAACUGGUUGGCGGUCAGAGAAGGAAACCUGAGCUAUUCGAAACUAGGCGACAGUAUUCCUCAGGUUGAAGAUUUGAUAAGAAAACAUCGCGACUUCGAGGAAGCCAUCAAAGCUCAGGAGGACAAGUUCAACGCUUUGAAACGAAUGACGCUGGUGGAGGAAGCCUUCGCGGAUCAGAAACAUCGCGAAGCUCUCGCUCAGAAGUCGGAAAGGGAGAGGGUGGAACAGGAGAGAUUGGAGCAGCGCAAGCGGACAGAGAUGGCAAGGAUAACGGAAUUGAGGCGUCGGGAAUCUCAAGAGAGAGCACAGCGUCAUCACGACAUUCCUGAAGAUAAAGUCAACGGAAGUAUGGUACAAAUACAGGACGUUCAGCAACCGAGCACGCCUCCUGUUGUCAAGCCUGUUGUUCCUGUCAGAAAAACCAACUCGGUAGCUCACAUGUUCGACCGAGAUCGUAUGAGGAGAGGUUCUGAUGCUUCUGUCAAACGGGCUGAGAGUAUGAAAGUUGGAGGGUCCAAACCACCAAAGAGGACUCCUUCGUUCAACACCAGGAGAAGAGGCUCGUUGCGUUCCAAAAACGCAGAGGCAGUUUUGCCGCCAGUUGAGGCGGAGGCUUUCUUGGAUAGGAAACAGCUUCUGCUUCCAGGAGGCAAGAGGGCGACCAAUCGGGCUUGGAAAAACUCCUACACCGUAUUGUGUGGCCAGUUGUUGUGUUUCUUCAAAAGCAAGGACGAUUUUGCUGCUAGUAAAGCCAGCUCUCCUCCGCUCAACAUCCAUAACGCCGUAUGUUUGGUGGCUGACGACUACCACAAAAAGAAACACACGUUUAGGCUGGUUAUAACGGACGGUUCAGAAUUUUUGUUUACUUCCAACUCCGAAGUGGAUAUGAUAGACUGGAUCAACAAGAUCACUUUCAGGGCCAAAUUACCUCCGGCGCAGCAGCUGCUUCAUUUUGAAGUUUCUAGGGAUCCCAAUGAUUUUGAAGUCAGUUCCCAAUCCAGUAGGACCUCGAGUCCCGAUGUUGCAGAUUCAGUAGUUUUGAGGCACGACCCUCAAUCAACCAAUGGAAGCCUAGCCUCUUCUCACUCCAGCCGACAUACAAUAGGGGAGAGUCCGCCGCCCCUGCCAAUGACAGAUCCUCCGAAUAAUUACGGCCCCAGGAUGAGUACCCCUGAGAACAGCGGACAUGUUUACGAUGCGUAUGGAAAUGUGUCCCAGAAGCAGGAUUGGCAGACUACUUCUUCGUCCAGACCUUUGAGUUCACCGGAUUCGAAAAAUAUGUCCCAUCGGUUGAGGAAUCUGUUUGGUCGAAAGAAUCGCAACUCCUAAUGUGGCUUGGAAAUCAGUAUUUUUAAUUUUGCAAACGACUCAUUGACUGUAGAUGCGGUUUUCUCAAAUGAUGUGAACCAUAUAUUUCCAUCAAUUAUUGACUUGAAUUUUUUAUUUUAGGCACCUAGAGUACGUUUAUUGCAAGAAAAGUUUAUAUUUUAUUCAUGUAUACAUACAGGAUGCAUCAUUUUUUAUGAUUGUGUUAAAUAAUAGUUUUUUUUCAAUAAUAAAAUUACUCAUUGAAUUACGAAGGAUAAUUGAGAGUUUGUAUUUUUGAAUAUCCCAGUGAAAUAUCUUAUUUUGUCGAUUUUUUGUGUUACAAAUAAUUCAUUAUCAUUCAAAUGAAACAUACUAUAUGUAUAUAUUUCUGUUUAUAAUGUAGUUAGUUUGUAAAUAAAAUUUAUAUGAAAGUAUA